AUGUUCGACAACCUUCAACCCUUCCAGAUCAAGACAAAGUCUGAUCAAAACGUCAUCAUCAACGGCCUCAGCUCCACCAAAGACUCCUCUAAACCUGCCCUUCUUCUCAUCCAUGGCUUUCCCCAAACACUGCAUAUCUGGCAUCGCGUCGUUCCUCAAGUCGUUGACAAAUACAAUGUCGUCUUAAUUGACAUUCGCGGCUAUGGACAGUCUUCCAAACCAGCUGACGUCGCAUCAUAUGCGAAAAGCGCCAUGGCACGCGACUGUAUCGAUGUAAUGGAUGCGUUGGGUUAUACGGACUCUUUCUUCGUCUGCGCACACGAUCGCGGCGCGAGAGUAGCUCAUAAACUCGCUGUCGAUUAUCCGGAUCGUAUUCGAAAGUUCAUCCUACUGGAUAUUUGUCCUACGCUGGCGAUGUACAGCAAGACAGACAUGGACUUUGCAAAAGCCUACUUCCACUGGUUCUUCCUCAUCCAAGCAUCCCCCAUGCCAGAAAUGCUCAUCACUGCAAAACCACGCGAACUAGCAGAAAUGUUCAUGGGCGGCCGCCAAGGCGACGGAAUCUCAAUCUUCGAACCUGAGUGUUUCGAAACCUAUGCAAAGUCUCUAGCAGAUUAUGAUACCGUGCAUGCCAUGUGUAAUGAUUACCGGGCUAGCGCGACCCUGGAUCUUGAUGAGGCGAAGGAGGAUUUGAAGGCUGGACGCAAGAUUAAGAGUCCCUUGCUUGUCCUUUGGGGGAAGCAUGGGGUUAUUGAGAAGGGUUUUGAUGCCGUGCAGGAGUGGAGGGAUGUUGCCGAUGAAGGGGUGGAAGUUAGAGGACGGAGUGUUGAGUCGGGACAUUAUAUUCCUGAGCAGGCGCCUGAUGAGGUUUUGACUGCUAUCAAGGAGUUUUUGGUGUAA